AUGUACACUUUGUUUGUAUUCUCGGAUCAAGAUCUACUCCAGAGAAAUGGUCGACGAUAUGAUGGCAGUGUGAAGCCCAAAGUUAAUUUACAACAUGUAGCAAUAACACAGAUUGGCAAUUACAAUGUAAGCACUAAAGAGAAUUUGGAGAAAGAAUCUAUGAUUCACAGUCACUACAGUCCACUGAAUAUCACCAUUAAUGGAAGCCCCUGUAUUCUAUUCUGGGCCAGAAGGAUCAUGAUUAAGUUUCAGAACUACACUCAGCUGGAUCUAACAGACAAAACAUUUGGUGUUCAUGCAUCGGUGGAUGUUGCUGAUUCAAAUUGCAGUGAAGAAAAUGCAAUGCUUUCACUUAAUUUUGGUGAUAUUGACAAUUUGAAAGGAUUUGUCAUCAGAUUCAUUCUGACAAACAGUUAUUACAAGCUCUCCAUUCAAAAUUGGUUUACCUUACACAGAAUCCAGCUUAUUUACAAUCAGUCUGUACAAGCAACAUUCAAUGCAACACGAAUACAUGCACCAGCAAUCUAUUCUUAUCACUGUGAACAUGUCAGCAACUUGCAGAGAUAUGAUGCACUGCUAACACCCAGUUCUGUAAAUGAUGCAGCCAAGCACUGGGAAGUUACUUUUAUUGACUUUCAGAUUCAAGGAUUUAACAUUGAAGAUGGACAGUUUGCUUAUGCAAAAGAUUGUGCUUCCCUCUUCCCACCAGCCAUUCUAAUGGGUCUAGUGAUGUCUCUGAUACUGCUUCUUGUUUUAGCUUAUGCUCUUCACAUGUUGAUGCACUUAAAAUCCAUUGACAGACAUUAUGAAUGCAAAGCAUCUUCUGUUUAUUAUCCACAGAUGAAAGAUAUUGAUACAGCAGAUGAAAAAGAGCCCCUGAGAAUCAAUGGGCAUGAAACCUAUGAACUUAGAAGCCAACAAUAUUCUAAAAUCUAUAUCUAACCAUUAUUCUGGGUGGCUGUUCUCAUC